AUGACUAAGGUAGGAAGGAUUGAUGAACAUCCUUCUGAAAAUGUUGAUCAAGAAGCUAUCAUCGAUCACGAGAUCCAGAAACAACACAAGUUGUGCACUAAACAUUUUCAUGUCAAGUAUAUACGUAGAACGAAACAAAAGGCCAAGCUUACCGAUGAUGCAGUUCCUAUGACUGAACAAGAGUACCGUGCACAUGUAGCGCGUGAACGUUUAGCAUAUGAAGCAUUAGAACAGCAGAGGUUAGUCAACGAAACGGUGCGAUUGGACUUACUUCAAAAAAAACCCCGCCCGACUAUGCGUUCAGGUAGACAACCACGUAGUACCAUACAACCAGAUGAUAAUCCCAAAACAGUUAAGAAGUGUCACUUAAAGGUAGAUUCGACUACGAUACAAUUAGAGGUUAAGACUGUAGCUCUAACUAAAGCUGCUUCGAGAUUAGCAGCUUUAGAAGAAGAGAUGGCACAAUUAUGUAGUGAUAUAAAGAGUGCAGAAAAGAAUCUCACACAACAAAAGAUAAAACAUACUUUUGCGGAAAAUAUUGAAAAAUACGGUAAAGCGUUCAGACCUGGUAGAAGUUCGCUCACUUUUCAGAUUGCUCUGUUACUGUGGUUUGCCAGGGUCAGGCACAACUUAGACCAGGGUGUAUUAACACACGUAUUUGGAUUAACAUGUACACAGACCGUAUCUAACAUUCUUAAUGAUAUGAAUGCAGUUAUUUUGGGCUGCUUCCGGCACCCUCCUAACGCACCUAUAAAUCUAUUUACAAAAGAGACCGUGGAUGCGUGUAAAAUCAGCGGGUUACUAUACUAUAGCACAUGUUAA